GCUAUUAGGCGGCAAAUUAGCAAUUAUAGCAAUCCAUCUGAGUCUAUCAUGUCCCGAAAACAAACUGACGUUCGUCAAAACCCUUCAGCAAAAAGAAGCACGGGCUUCCUUGUUUACUAAAACACCUCAAAGACAUAGUAUCACAUAAAUAAGCAUCUUUAUUAGCAUUAGUUUGAACCCCCCACUCUAUUGUUUGGUAGUCUCCUAAAACCCGAUGUGUAACUGUCAGAUCGUCUCCGGAAUCGCCAGGGUGAGGUCGUUAUGGAGGGAAACACCGGGCUUGAAUGACUCCCACCGGGCAGCGGUAUGUAAACUUGAGCAUCAUAUGUCCCAGCAGUGUCUGUUGGCACAAUGGGGCUGGAUUUUGAUGUAAAGACAUUCUGUCACAAUCUUAGGGCCACCAAGCCCCCUUAUGAAUGUCCUGUGGAGACUUGUCGUAAGGUCUACAAGAGCUUCAGUGGCAUUGAGUAUCACCUGUACCAUUAUGACCAUGACAAUCCAACUCCUGCACAGACUAUGCCACAGAAGAAGAGGAAAGGACGGCCCCCUCGAGCCUCACUGACUGGUUCAGCGGAUACGGAUGAUGGCGGAGGCAAUGGAGGACAGGGUCAUGAAGGGAACACGCCGGGGAGCCCCUGCAGAUCAGAGCACUCCCACUCCCCGGGGCGGGAGACCAUGACCUAUGCUCAGGCGCAGAGCAUGGUCGAGCUGGAGAUCCAAGGUCGUGUUCAUCGCAUUAGCAUCUUUGAAAACAUUGACGUGGUGUCAGAGGAGGACAGCGAUGCUGAUGACACGAUGCCAUCUGGGACUGGCAAUAGCACAGGAGGUGUGUGCAAUGGCGGCGACGGUGGAGGUGGAGGCGGUGAGGUGGGAGGGAGCUGCAAGGACCGUUCUGAUAUCACGUCCUCCAACGGCGCCAAAGCAACACCAAAGACUGGGAAGCAUAAGAGCAAAGCAAAGAAGAAGGACGGCUCUUCUCAUCACCACAACUCUCAGUCUGGUCCCGCCGUCAAGCUCCCAGAAGCUGUGUUUAGAGAACUGGACCAAGAUCGACCCGAUGCCCCGCCUCGACCAUCAUCGUACUACAGGUAUAUUGAUAAGUCAGCAGAGGAGCUGGAUGAGGAGGUGGAGUACGACAUCGAUGAGGAGGAUUACAUCUGGCUUGGUAUCAUGAACGACAAGCGGCGGCGUGACGGCGUGCCGCCCAUUCCUCAGGAGGUCUUUGAGUACCUCAUGGACCGACUGGAGAAGGAGUCCUACUUCGAAAGCCACAACAAGACCGAUCCCAGCACCUUAAUCGACGAGGAUGCCGUCUGCUGCAUCUGCAACGACGGAGAGUGUCAGAAUAGCAACGUGAUCUUGUUUUGCGACAUGUGCAACUUGGCCGUUCACCAGGAGUGCUACGGCGUGCCCUACAUCCCAGAGGGUCAGUGGUUGUGCCGGCGCUGCUUGCAGUCGCCGAGCAGAGCCGUGGACUGUGCUCUUUGUCCCAACAAGGGCGGCGCUUUCAAACAGACUGAUGACUCCCGCUGGGCUCAUGUAGUGUGUGCUCUCUGGAUCCCAGAGGUGUGCUUUGCUAACACAGUCUUCCUCGAGCCAAUUGACAGUAUUGAGCACAUCCCUCCCGCGCGCUGGAAGCUGACCUGCUACAUCUGCAAGCAGCGAGGCUCGGGCGCCUGCAUCCAGUGCCACAAAGCCAACUGUUACACAGCCUUCCAUGUCACCUGCGCGCAGCAGGCCGGCCUCUACAUGAAAAUGGAGCCCGUCAGAGAGACUGGGGCCAACGGCACCUCCUUUAGCGUUCGCAAGACGGCGUACUGUGACAUCCACACGCCCCCGGGUUCAGCCCGACCUUUAGGAGGAGUGGGAGGGGCCAGCAUGGGGUCGUCGCACAGCGAAGGAGAGCUCGAGGACGACGACGAGCCCAGUCUGUGCAACGACGACGACUCCAAGGGCUGGAGCUCCGAAAGAGCGAAGAGGGCGAAAGCCAAAUCCCGGCUGAAGAUGAAAAAGGCGAGGAAGAUCUUGGCGGAGAGGAGAGCUGCGGCACCUGUAGUGUCUGUGCCCUGCAUACCUCCACACAGGCUUAGUAAAAUCACAAGUAACCUGACAGUACCCAGGAAGAGUCAGUUCAUGCAGAGACUUCACAGCUACUGGACCCUCAAAAGGCAAAGCCGCAAUGGUGUGCCUCUGCUGCGACGGCUUCAGACUCACCUGCCCUCUCACCGGCACGUUGACCCACAUCCACCACAGCCUUCAGCACAAGUUGCUCCUAGAGACAGUGAGGAAAAGCAGACUGCUCUGAAGGAGCAGCUAAAAGCUUGGCAGAGAUUGAGGCAUGACCUGGAAAGAGCGAGGCUGCUGGUGGAGCUCAUCCGGAAGAGGGAAAAACUCAAGAGGGAGACGAUAAAAGUGCAGCAGAUGGUGCUGGAAAUGCAGCUGACUCCUUUCCUGGUUCUUCUGAGAAGUACAUUGGAACAGCUACAGGAAAGAGACACUAACAACUUUUUUACUGAGCCUGUGCCACUUGAAGAGGUUCCAGACUACCUGGAGCACAUUGACACUCCAAUGGACUUUCAGACCAUGUGGAACCUGCUGGAGUCCCAUCGCUACCUCACUUUCGAGGCCUUUGAGGGCGACUUUGGCCUCAUCGUUAACAACUGUCUCAAAUACAACGCAAAGGACACGGUGUUUUACCGCGCUGCCCUGCGGCUCAGAGAGAUGGGCGGGGCAGUCCUCAGGGCCGCGAAGCGGCAAGCCGAUCGGAUAGGCUUCGACUACGAGAGCGGGAUGCACCUUCAUCGGGAGACCAGCCCAGACACCCGUCGGGAACAGGAGAGAGACAGAGAGCGGGAACGAGAGCGGGAACGGGAGAGGGACCGAGAAAGAGAGCGGACGCUGUCAUCAAAUGAAGACGAACUGCUGCUGCCAGAGAACAGGCGGCGGCUGCCUUUGGAAGAGCAGCUGCAUUACCUGCAGGCUCGCCUCGACGAGGUCAACUCAGGAAAGCACAGCAUCGGUCAGUCUCGCAGAGCCAAAGCUCUGAGAAAGGAGAUCAGCGUGAUCAAAAGGAAGCUCGCGCACCAGAGGGAAGGAAGCUCCGGCAUGGGGGUCAGAGAGUCCAUGGGGGACCGGGGCUCCUCUCUCCCUCAUCACUCAUCAUCUGCAGGACACCAUGAUGAGGGCGGAGAGAGCAGCAGCCAAGAAAUUGGAGGAAAAGCUCCAGAGGUUGGACGUAGGACGUCCGUCCUUUUCUCUAAGAAGAACCCGAAAAUGGCAGGACCCCCCAAAAGGCCAGGGCGUCCCCCAAAGAACCGGGAUGCUGGCUAUCCCGGAGGUGGGGUGAGCCAAAGCCCCAUUGGCCCCCCACAGCUGGCCUUGCUGCCAACAGGCAAGCCGAGGAAGCGGCCCCGAAGCCCCCACACCAGCUCCAGCUCUGACAGCGACAGCGACAAUGAUGACCUGCUCCCAGGUUUACCAAGUAACGGUUUCGAUACAGGAAACCAGCCUGUGACUGAAAGUUUCCGCGUGUACAGAAGUGAGUCUCGUCUCCCUCGUUCAAGCUCAGACUCCGAGUCCACAACCAGCAGCAGCAGCAGUGCAGCAUCUGACAGGACCAGCACAACGCCGUCCAAGCAGGGGAGAGGAAAGGCGUCAUUUCCACGCUCCGCCUUCCAUGAGGACAGCAGUGAGGAAACUUCCGGCACUGAAAAUGAUUCAUACUCUGUUGGAGGAUCGCGGAGCGUUUCACAUUUGGUUCGUGGCCGGGACAGGUCAGGAUGUUGGAUGACCUCAGAUGAUUAUUCGUCUCUGGAAGCUCUGGACCUGGUGUGGGCCAAGUGCAGAGGUUAUCCUUCCUACCCCGCCCUGAUAAUUGACCCCAAAAUGCCCAGAGAGGGGGUAUUUCACCGGGGUGUCCCUAUCCCCGUGCCUCCGGUGGAUGUGCUGAAACUUGGGGAGCAGAUGACCCAGGAGGCGAGGGAGCACCUCUUCUUGGUCCUUUUCUUUGACAACAAAAGGACUUGGCAGUGGCUACCUCGCUCUAAGCUGGUGCCGCUCGGAGUGGACCAGGAGCUCGACAAGGAGAAGAUGCUAGAAGGCCGGAAAUCCAACAUUCGUAAAUCGGUGCAAGUGGCGUACCACCGCGCCAUGCAGCACCGCAGCAAAGUACAGGGGGACCCCAGCAGCGAGACCAGCGACAGUGACUGAAUCUGAACGGACGCUACACGCUGCUCCUUCCAAGUGUUGGCGACUAAAUGCAUCCAGUCUGUGAGCCUGAAGAGUGCCAGUAGUAUAGAGUGGGAAAAAACAUCCACUUCUGUGUCCCCCCCAGCUAUACAAACAGUCAUGCACACUACACAGAAUUUUACCAACAUGUAAAAUAUUGUAUCUAAGAGAAUUGAAUCAGUGAUAUUGAAGAAAAAAAAGAAGUAUUUUGAAAAUAUACGAUGAGAAUCAUAAAUCAAAGUAUUCCCGAUAUGUGGUCGAUAUGUUUAAAAGCGAAAAUGGUUUACAGACUGCUUAUUAUCACACUAUGCCUCCCCACAUCCCACACAAUCACCCCUGUAAUGUUAUAUAUGAACGGCGAAAUGCAUGUUUGAGGUUCUACGCACAGAGGUACAGGUUGGAACCGCCGGCCCUGUCAACCUGUUUCCAUGUCCUUCCUCCACCUUUUUUAACGAAAAACGAGCCUGGUGCUAACGUCGAAUCGUUCGUCAGAGGAGCACAGAGACAUUGCUGCCAACCCUCACUGUCGAAUCAAUGUUACUGUAAUUUAUUGUUUUUAAUAAGGUCCACCACAUUAUUCCCCCCAUCAUGAACUAAUAAUACUGAUCACUCCGGCUGCGCGCCACACUGUGUGGCCUGUUUUUUUGUCGCUCAUGUGCAUCUUCUUUUAACAUGUGUACCUGUCACUUGCUUUGGACUCGGUUAACAAACAAGGACUAAACAGAAAAACACAAAUGCCUCACUGUCUGUCUAAGUCUCAGGCUGUUGGCUUUAGAACUUUUAUAUAUACACGUUGCAUAAAAAUAUGAGUUUAAUAAUAAUAAUAAAACAAGGAUUCUUUUGUUUUUUU